UUCUCCUUGUUCUCCAUUAAAUUCCAUCUAUUUUGGGUAGCUGAACUCGGAAAAGACACGCGAACUGACGAUAUCUUCCCAUAGAAAUAGAAAAUGUUGUUUUUCUCAUACUUCAAGGACAUGGUGGGCAGAGAAGUGACAGUGGAACUGAAGAAUGAUUUGGCUAUCCGAGGCACGCUCCAUUCAGUUGAUCAGUAUCUCAACAUUAAGCUCGAAAACACAAGGGUCGUUGAUGAAGACAAGUACCCUCACAUGCGUUCAGUGAGGAACUGCUUCAUCAGAGGAUCAGUGGUGAGAUACGUCCAGUUACCUCCAGAUGGAGUCGACAUAGAGCUGCUUCAUGAUGCUACGAGGAGAGAAGCUCGUGGUGGCUAAAAUCUGAGACUUUCAAAAGUGGAUGUACUUUAACAAAACAUUUUGAGUGGGUAAUCAGCAUGUACUGAUUGUCUUUGUUAAAUGUAUUUUCAGAUGCUAUUGCAUGCAGUGCUUCCUAUUCUGCUUU